GUUGGGGAGUGGCGACUUACUCGGUGUUGGAGUGUCGGUGAGGUUGUGUCGCUUCGCAGCUCUUAGCAGGUGAUUUGGCAAGAUGUCGCAUUCCGUGACGAUCACCAGGACCACUACGACCACCACUUCGACUGCCAUCAUCCUGAAUACUGGCUACCUUAAGACCGCCGCGGGACUGCUGAAACUGGCGCAGACGAUCCUGGGUGCUGUGUGUGUUGGACUGAUCGCUUACUACAUUAACAACAACUUAUAUCGAGUAAACCCGAUAUAUUAUACUCAGGUGCUCUUCUUUCUACUGAUCGCCACAGCAUUCCUCAUCACUACCUUCUGCUUGCUGCUGUCAUCACUUAUGUCCUUCAUCUCCGCCUCCAUGAUACACAAGACCCUCUUUGAAGUGAUGUAUCAUAUCGUUGGAUUUGCACUGUACCUAGCUGCAGGUAUUGUCUUGCUGGUCGAGAUCAAGGAUCAUGACCGGAAUCACUACUACAAUGCCUACAUGGCAGCAGCUAUUAUUGGUCUGGUGAAUGCCGCCCUCUACCUGAUCAGCACCAUCUUGGCAAUCCGGACCUACAGGGGGGCAGGGCUGUAGAGACAAACACGGUGACUGUGUUCAGUGACUGACUUUGUGAUGAAAUAACGUUCGCAGAGGAAUUAUUUUGUAAUGCCAUUUGUUAUCAUCAAUUUAUAUUUAUGAAGCUUGGGGCAUGUCAGUUCCAACUCUGUAAUGGUUGUAUUUAUGUUUUAAAUGUGUGAAAGUAACAAAUCAAAGGUCUUAUCUGGCAUUCAGUGGCAUCAGUUAAGAAUAGAAAUCCGAUGUUUCGGACACCUGGCCUGUCUCCAUCAUCAGGGAAUGAUGUACUGGAUAAAUACUGUUGUAUUUCCUGAGAUGUCACGACAUGUGUUUCGGUAGACAGGAGAGUAGACUUCACAGUCACUGAUGUGAGAACCUCAGAUCUCAUGGUUGUUCAUAUAUACAUCACUAAGACCUCGACUUCGGCUGAAGCGGUUAGUUGCUGGCUCCCACUGUGGCAGCCCAGGUUCGAUCCCGGGUCUGGUCAAGUGGGAUUUGUGGU